CACAUCGACAUAUCCAUAAAAUCGAUCACAAAAAAAAGUGAUUUGAUCGAUCAAAAAGAAAAAAAAUUUCAAACAAAAAGCCAUCACACACAAUCAAAUAGAUUUCAAUCAGUGAAAGUCGCCCAUCAUCAUCAUCAUAGCCUGUACACAUUUUAUUUUCCCGAUUGAAUCAAAUUAUUGAAAAUUGACAAAAAUGUCAGCCUGUUUCAAUUGUUGUGAUGAUGGUGACAACAGCAUCCAUGAUGGUUUCACCUCUUCUUCUCUAGGACAACCACCGGAACCGGGUCAGCAAUCAUUUGGUGUACCAAUUUAUAAUCAACCUGGUGGUGAUAAUCCUCCUGGACCAGCCGGUUAUGGUGAACAUGCCCAUUUCAGUGGACCAAAUAACAAUGGCAACUAUGGUAUGGGCGUUGUUCCGCCGAAUAAUACACCAUCGUUUGGCGAACCACAAUAUCAUCGACCAGGUUUAGCCGAACCGACCUAUCGAGUACCCGGUGUUGGAAUCGGUCUAGGCGCAACAGUGCCAGGAACAGAACCUGGACUAGGAACAUACGUUGGUAGUGAUUUGCCACCACCUCCAAGCUGUGGUAAUUCCGAUAACUGAAAAUUGUGUGAAAAAUGAAUGUUUUUUUGUGGUUGAACAAUAAAAAAUUACCUUUUUUAAUUAAA